AAGAAUCGAAAAGAGGUAAACAAAACUAGGUAAGCAAAAUACUGAAACACCUCAUAUUAUAUGAAAGGCCAAAUCAAAUUAGCCAACAUAGCAACUGAUUCCAGGAAAAAGUAACAUAACAGUUGCAACUCCAUUUGCAAAAAGAGAGAUCAUUCAGUCUUGAAGCUAUCUUUUCCUUCAACUUUCAGAACUGAUCAAGUCUUCUCAUUCUUGUUGCUUAUUUCUCACUCUCCAUUGUCAUGAAUGGUACCUUUUCUAACACAUUGCUUCUUCGGAUCAAAUCCAAUUGCAUCAUCCCUUUUACACAUAUCAUCGAACGGUUCUUCCACAUUACAUCCAAAGUGAACAUAUAAUAAAUAAAGAAUUGUUAAAAAAAACAUUGGUAAGCAGAUUUAAGCAAUGGAGGUGGUAAUUUCAAUUUGGAGCAGAAUUGGGGAGCAUUAAAAUGGCCGAGGCUUUUAUCACCAAGAAUGAGAAGGAAACAAGAGACAGGAAGAAGACGGUCGACACAUCCUCUGCGCUAUCAUCCUCUUCACCGAAGCAGGCCAGAAAAUUGUGGUGAAUUUCUUCUUCUGAUUGUGGCGUAGCUUUUAAUUGUGAUAAAAUUAAGGAUUGGGCAAGAAGAAAACGUGGAAAGAGACGAGCGAAUUUGCAGAUUUAGAGUAGGAGCGGUAAUUUUCUGCAUUCCUAAGGGAUUUGAUGGUUGCGUUUGAGAAUUGCAGAAGAGAUGCGUGAAAUUGAUUUUAGAGAACGGAGAGAAGACGUGGCUGAGGGCGAGGAGAUAGUCGUGGCUGAGGGCGAGGACGAACCCCGCGGCGGAGGCGUGCCCGUUGACCGCCGCGAUUGUUGGCAUCGGGAGAGAAAUUAGGUCCUCCACCAGGAGACGGAGCUUCUUCGACAUGAUUUUUGGCCGGAUUCGGGCCGGGUCGGAUAGCGCCCAAUUGAGAUCGUAGCCGUUGGAGAAGAACUAUCCCUGAGCUGUGGUGAUGAGAGCCGUGGCGGAGAGAGACGAUUCUGACUUUACCCGGGUGAGCUCCGCCCGGAUUGAGUCGAUUAGCUGCGGGUUGAGGCGGUGCUGGUCGUCGCCGGUAAUUGUGAGGAUGAAAACAUCGCCGCGUCUCUCCAAACUGCACAUCGCUCUCACUGUGUCAAGCUGAGUUCCCUCUUUUCAUUUAUAUAAUCUUUUAUUUAAAAAAAAUAACUAAAAUAUUAUUAAAAAUGUAUUUAUUCAACAAAACCCCCAAUCCACUGUUCAUUUUAUUUCGAUGAACAUAGGCCGCUAAUAAUUCCUGACUACUCGAUCGAUCGAGGAGUAAUUCGUUGAACAAUUGAUUUGAUCGAUUGUUGAAUCGAGUGGACGGAUCUACCGAUCGGAUCGGCUGACCGAUCUGUUUAUUUGGCGGAGCGAAAGAGGUGAUUUUGGGGAAGAAUGGAGCAGAGCAGGAGGGCGGUGGAGUCGUACUGGAGGUCGAAACUGAUCGACGUUGCGACUUCCGACGAGGAUAAGGUCACUCCGGUUUACAAAUUGGAGGAGAUUUGCGAUUUGCUGAGGUCUUCACACAUCUCUAUUGUUAAAGAAGUGUCGCAAUUCAUCCUUAAACGGCUCGAUCACAAAUCGCCGAUUGUUAAACAGAAGGCAUUAAGGGUCAUAAAAUAUGCUGUGGGAAAGUCAGGUGCAGAGUUCAAAAGGGAGAUGCAAAAGAAUUCUGUUUCAGUACGACAGUUAAUCCACUACAGGGGCCAGCCAGAUCCUCUGAAGGGUGAUGCGUUGAACAAGGCUGUCCGAGAAACAGCCCAAGAAACAUUAUCUACUUUAUUUUCGUCAGAUGAUAGCGUGGCUGCUCCUACAGAAAGCAGUCUUCGCAGUCGGAUACAAGGUUUUGGAAAUACCAACUAUGAAAUGCCAUCAGAUGAUAGAAAGUCGUUCAUCAGCGAGGUUGUUGACAUCGGAAGUGCUACAAUUAGACAGGGAUUUAGUAAUUUGAAACAAUCUCCUUCCAUAAGGAAAAGUAAUGACACUGGAAGUUAUAGAAGUCCAAAUCUUGAACGAUCUUUGACGAGAGAAAAUGAUUCUGAUAGGUAUGAAGAUAUUGGGUCUCGUGCCGAAUAUAACAGCUCUUCUCGCUUUUCAAAAAAUGCUGGUACUGGAAGCUGGGGUGAAGAGAGUUCUACGAGUCAGUCAGAAACUAGUAAUGGAGACCCUGCUUUGACUUAUAGUCAAAAAAAUCGUGAAGAGAAGUUGUUGGAGACCGUAGUGACAUCAACAGGUGUGCGCCUACAGCCUACACGAGAUGCACUUCAUGUUUUCCUGGUGGAGGCCUCAAAAUUAGAUUCCAAAUCAUUAGCGCAUGCCAUUGAAAUUAAACUGAGGUCUCCUAUGUGGCAGGUCCGCAUGAAAGCCCUAUGUGUCCUUGAGGCACUAUUGAGGAAGAAGAAUGACGGGCAUUUUUCAGUUAUUUCUUUGUACUUCAGUGACAACAAAGAUGUUGUGGUGCAAUGCUCUGAAUCUCCCCAAGCAUCUUUGAGGGAGAAAGCAACUAAGGUAUUGAGUCUUCUGGGUGGUGAACAAAAUGGCAGUGGAACCAACCAUUUUAAGCAAUCGACUAAGAUUCAUCAGCCUUCAAUGAUACCGGAUAUGAUAAACACUGAUGACCCAGAUGAUCUUCUUGGCAUGGAAGAUCCACAAAAGGCAGCAAGUCAGCCAAAAGUAACAAAUGCACCACCAUCUGUUCCUCCGCUGAUCAAUGACUUACUUGGUGACAAUUUCGACAAUCAUGAGAGCACCAACAAGCUGAACUUUGACGAUGACCCUUUCGCAGAUGUCUCCUUCCAUACAAGUCAAGAUAAUGACCGUGUUACUGAUUUAUUUUCUGGGAUGGCUCUUGAUAUGUCUGGAGCCUCAGAGGCCCGCAUAGCAGCUCAUAAAAAUGAAUCUGAACCAUUCAACCUAUUAAAUUCUAGUUCCGAGGUCCUCAUGGAGCAAGGAACUUCUAGUGAAUAUGCUACCAACUUGAUGGAUGGCAUGCCCAUGAAUGGAAAUGAUUCCUCUGCAAAGAAAAAUGCAAGUAGUGAUGACAUAGGUAGCAACAUUUUGGGUUCGGUUUCCAGUGCAGAUAAUCGAAGUCCUAAUGUUGCUUUAAAUAAUGCAUUCCCUUUGCAAGCUUCUGAGAUGAAUGUAAAUGCCAUGUUCCCCAUGGGUGCUAUGACAUAUAAUACCCCUUCUGGUUUUGGGUUCAAUCCCGCAUUUGUUUCUCAGCCGAUGAACUAUAGUGCCAUGGGGAGUCACUUUGCUCAACAACAGUUUCUAGCUGCAAUGUCCAACUUACAUCAACUAGGGAAUCUACAAUCCAGUACUACUGUUAAUUCUCCUGGAUCUGUAGGAGGGAAUGCAGCGCCCCUUCCAGAUAUUUUUAAUCCCGGCAUAGCUACCCAACCUCCAACUUCAUUGAUGAAUGGGUCAAAAAGAGAGGACACAAAAGCAUUUGAUUUUAUUUCGGAUCAUGUGGCCUCAGCUCGUGACACCAAGCGCACGACUUGAUUCAUUUGAUGUAUGCGGAUUUCUUGCUUCGUGACAUGGGUUCUUACUUCUUAGUGAAGCAGCCCACAAAAAAGAUGCUACCUUUCUUGAAUUGAACAAAAGCAACUGUGAGUAAGUGUUGUUAUUGAGACUUCAAAAAACAGGGUAAAAUCGAAUUCAAUUUCAUCCGAAGGCAACUGCGUGACCGAUGUUGUGUGAAUGAAUGUUGCUGCUUCUACACUUGUUUUGAUCCUAAAAUAGUGCAGUCAUCAAAUGACUGUUCGUUGUUGUCUGUUUUUAUUUUUAAUUUUUGUACUUUUAUUUGUAAUAGCCCAUUGAGCUUAUUGCCUGAUAAACUUUUUGCAGUAAUAA